AUGUACGUGUUUGACUUCCACAUGUCUUUCAUAAUUCCAGGACCAGCUCAGAUCCGGCUGGUGAAUGGCUCCAGCCGCUGCUCCGGGAGGGUCGAGGUGCUUCAUAACCAGCAGUGGGGGACGGUGUGUGACAACGGCUGGGACCUGAGCGAUGCCGAGGUGGUGUGCCGGCAGAUGGGCUGCGGGGCAGCUGUGUCAGCUCCAGUCUCAGCUCAGUUUGGGCCAGGGUCCAACCAUAUCUGGCUGAGUGAUGUUGAGUGCACGGGGGCAGAAGCUACCCUCUCUGAAUGCAGGUCCAGGAUGGGGGAACACAUUAAUUGCCACCAUGGGGAAGACGCUGGUGUGGUAUGCUCAGGGUGUCUAAGUUGUCCUGUUUCAGACCCCAUGGCGCUGCGGCUGGUGAACGGCUCAAGCUUCUGUGCUGGGAGAGUUGAAGUGCUCUACAGGCAUCAGUGGGGAACCGUGUGCGAUGACAGCUGGGAUGAAGAGGACGCUGCGGUCGUGUGUCGGCAGCUGGGCUGCGGGACGGUGGUCUCAGCCCCUGGCGCGGCUCAAUUUGGUCAAGGGCGCAAUGUCAUCUGGCUGGACGACGUGAACUGCACGGGGAGGGAGGACACCCUCUCGGAGUGCCUGGCCAGGCCGUGGGGGACACACAACUGUGACCACGGGAAAGACGCUGGUGUGGUGUGCUCAGGUAAUAAUAAAUUUUUCACUAUGAGGGUGGUGAAUGGCCCGCACCGCUGCGCCGGCAGGGUUGAGGUCUUCUACAAGAACCAGUGGGGAACAGUGUGCGAUGACCACUGGGACCUGGAGAAUGCUGGUGUGGUGUGCCGGCAGCUGGGCUGUGGCACGGCACUGUCAGCCCCCGGGGCUGGGCAUUUCGGGGCAGGCUCUGGUCCCAUCUGGCUGGACGACGUCAGCUGCAUGGGGACGGAGGUUGCCCUCUCUUACUGCAGGUCGAAAGGCUGGGGAAAGAACAACUGCCACCACGGUGAAGAUGCCGGUGUGGUAUGCUCAGAAUGCGAGGCUCCAAAAGCCUGGAGCUUCAAAAGCUUGGAGCUUUGGUGGCUGAUCGAGGUGCAGACGCUCAUGGCAAUUGACUCAUCCAGCCACCCUAUGGCCAUCCAAGCCGGUCCUGCAGAGGUCCGCCUAGUGAACGGCCCAAACCGCUGCUCUGGAAGAGUAGAGGUGAUGCACGACCAGCAGUGGGGAACCGUGUGCGACGAUGACUGGAGUUUCUCUGAUGCCAGUGUGGUGUGCCGGCAGCUGGGCUGCGGGACAGCAGUCUCAGCCUAUGGCGCUGCUCACUUUGGCCGGGGAUCAGGACCCAUUUGGCUGGACAAUGUUCAGUGCAGUGGGACCGAAGGUGCCCUGUCCGAAUGCCCGGCCAGACCUUGGGGUGUCAGCAACUGUGACCAUGGAGAAGACGCUAGUGUUGUGUGCACAGGCACAGCCACCAACACACCAGCUCAUCUGCGCCUGGAGAACGGCCCUGGCCGCUGUGCGGGACGCGUGGAGGUGCUCUACAACCAUCAGUGGGGGACGGUGUGUGACAACGGCUGGAGCCUGGCUGAGGCAGCGGUGGUCUGCCAGCAGCUGGGCUGCGGGACGGCUGUCUCGGCCCCAGGCUCGGCUCACUUUGGGCAAGGGUCUGGCCGCAUCUGGCUGGAUACCGUGAACUGCACGGGAACAGAAGCCAGCCUCUCUGAAUGCCAGGCCAGGCCGUGGGGAUCCAACAGCUGUGACCACCACAAAGAUGCUGGUGUGGUGUGCUCAGGUGAUCCACGGCAGCGUCUGCUGCGGCUGGUGAACGGCUCCAACAGCUGCCUGGGGAGAGUCGAGGUCUUUCAUGACCAGAAGUGGGGGACCGUGUGUGAUGAUACCUGGGACCUCUACGAUGCCGCCGUCGUAUGCAGGCAGCUGGGCUGCGGGACAGCACUGUCAGCACCAGGCUCGGCUCAUUUCGGACAGGGGUCAGAUCCCAUCUGGCUGGAUGACAUUCAUUGCCGGGGGACCGAGUCCACUUUGACCAAGUGUGAGCUGGGCAACUGGGGAGAGCACAACUGCGGACACAGCGAGGAUGCCGGCGUGGUAUGCUCAGGCACAAACCCCUUACAGGUGCGGGUGCAGGAUGGCCCCGGUCCCUGCGCAGGGCGGGUGGAGGUGCUCUUCAACGGUACCUGGCACGGGGUGUGCAGCAGCAGCUGGAGCUUGGUGGAAGCCGGGGUGGUCUGCAGGCAGCUGGGCUGUGGACCAGCCCAGUCGGCGCCCAUUGGAGCCCAGCUGAGCCAUGGGGACGGCCAUGUCUUGCUGGAGGGUCUAAACUGCCGGGGGUCCGAGUCGCUGCUCCUGGAGUGCCAGCAGAGAGAGAUGGGCCCGGGGCCUUGCAGGCAGGGCUCGGCAGCCCAUGUGGUGUGCACGGAGCAGAGAGGCACAGUUGCUGAGAGCCCAGGGAGGCUUCUUCGUCUGGUGGGCGGCCCUGACCGCUGCGCUGGGAGGGUGGAGGUGCUCCGCAAUGGGACAUGGGGGACUGUGUGUGACGACGGCUGGGGUUUCCCUGAGGGCCAGGUAGUGUGCCGGCAGCUGGGCUGCGGGACGGUGCUGUCAGUGGCACCAGGAGUUCGGUACGGAGAAGGAACAGGACAGAUCUGGUUAGAUGAGGUCAACUGCACCGGGGAGGAAAGGGGCCUCUACGGAUGCCGAGCGAGGCCAUGGGGGGAACACAACUGUCACCACGUGGAGGAUGCCAGCGUUGAGUGCUCAGGUAUCCCAGGACAGCAGCCCCUCCAGCUGCUCAACGGCCCCAACCGCUGCGCCGGGAGGGUGGAGGUGCUCCACAACCACAUGUGGGGGACGGUCUGCGAUGACGGUUGGGACCUGUUCGACGCGGAAGUGGUGUGCCGGCAACUGGGCUGCGGCACAGCGCUGUCGGCCACCAAUGGGGCUCGCUUCGGGAGGGGCCAUGAUCCCAUCUGGUUGGAUGAGGUGAACUGCACUGGCACCGAGGACACCCUCUUCAACUGCCGGGCCAGCAAGUGGGGGGACAAUAACUGCUUCCACGGGGAGGAUGCUGGAGUGAUAUGUUCUGGUAACUCACCUCAAGGUGCAAGAGGGGUCAACAUCAGACUUUCAGGGUUUCCUAAGGGAUCAUGGGAUUGCUAG